AUGAAGAAUUGGAGUUCUGGAAGGCCUCGAACGAAAGGCGUGAAGUUAGUACGAAAGCUGCCUUUUGACUGUUUUGCUGGCAGCUUACUUGUGCUUCAAGAAAGGGAGUUUAAACCCGAAUUUUGUGUCCUUUUUAGUGUAGACUUCUACCUUAAUUGUUACCUGUUUUGCUCUGACAAAGCAGAGUACUCACUUCACCAGCUCUAUCGACGCCGACGAAGGGGAAUCGGUCAUGAGGAGGAAUCAACUGAGUCCCCAGGGUAUGAAAGAGUGAUGACGAGUCGAGGAUUCUCUUCAGAAGCUGGAGAAGCGAGGCCCGAGCCCAAGCUUGUUGCCAAAGAGAAGAGUUCAAGUUCUGCAACAGGGAACUCCUGUUAUUCGACGAUGGAACAGAGCAUGAGAGAGAGAGAAUGGGAUGAGGAGUCUGGAGAUCAUUCAAAACCAACCAUCAGUGUCGAACCCAUCCCCUCGACCCCUGGAACGUCAUCAGUAGCUUCAAUGGAAGAGGACAUACCUGAAAAUCCCAAACCAAUGUUGCCAAAGUCACCUCUGUUCAUGGACAAGUACGGUGAUGAGGACCCUUUAUAG